CUUUUGAGACCUGCUGUUCAUCAGCUGCUGACAGGAUGGGACCCUGGCAUGUGUGAGAAGCCUGCGUGUGUUGUGGACGCUGCCUGCUUCCCCUCGGUGCACUGCCUACUGAAAUACGCCUGAAACCUCUCCCGGAGGCAGCGGGGGACAAUGGAAUUCUCCAGGCGCCUCUUUGUUAUCAGCGAGUCACUGGCCACAGAUGACCUGGCGGCUCUCAAGUUCCUCAGCCUGGAGCACAUUCCUUUGAGGAAGCAGGAAGCCAUCCAGGAGCCUAAGGCCUUCUUCCAAGCACUGCAGGAGAAAGCCCUGAUCAGCGACAGUGAUCAGGCCUUCCUGAAGGAGCUGUUCUACCGGAUCAAUCGCAUGGACAUCCUGGUUUGCCACCUGGGCUCCAGCCGGGAGGAGAUGGAGAGGGAGCUUCAGAUCCCGGGCAGGGCGAAGGUGUCUCCGUUCAGGUACCUGCUCUUUCAGUUGUUUGAAAAUAUCACCACCGAGGAGCUGAAGUGUUUCAAAUUUCUUUUGGGAAAAGAACUACCAAAAUCCAAGCUGAACACCGAGAGUACAAUGAUCGACGUUUUCACUGAGAUGGAGAAGAAGGGGAUUUUGGGAGAAGACAACCUAAAGGUCUUGAAGAGUCUCUGUGAAAAAGUUGACAAGAGCCUCGUGAAGAAAAUUGAAGAGUAUGAAUUAAGCCUAUGUGGUAAAAAAACAAAACAAAACAAAAAACACCACAAAAAGACCUCUUGCACAUCAGUUACUUUUGAAGUGACCAACCGUACCAUACGGCCAGCCUCAUUUCUGGCAUCUGACUCUCCUGCCAGACACCAGCAAUAUACACAGCUCGAAGUUUACAAAAUGACAAGCCGCCCUCGGGGAGUGUGCCUCAUCCUCAACAACCACAAUUUUGAGAGAGUUGGGGCAGAAGUGGCUGGACAUAAGCUGAAGGAUCGGAAGGGGACAGACGUGGAUGCAGCGGCUCUAAGGAAAGUCUUUAGCAAGCUUCACUUUAAAAUAGCAGAAUAUAAAGACCUCACAGCAAAGGAAAUCCAUAACGUUGUGAAAAGGUACCAGCAUGAGGACCACAAGGACAGGGACUGCUUUGUUUGCUGCAUCCUCUCUCAUGGAAAGAAAGGCAUUAUAUAUGGUGUUGACGGUCAGGAAGUACCUAUCCAGGAACUGACCACUUCUUUCACUGGGCAGAAUUGCCACUCACUUGCAGGAAAACCAAAAGUCUUCUUUGUUCAGGCCUGCCAAGGAGAUGCUCGCCAGCAAGGUGUAGUCAUUGAAGUGGAUUCUGCAGAGCAAGAUUCUUCUGUAGAAACAGAUGGGAGACUGCACCUGGACUUCAUCCCCUCAGAAGCAGACUUCCUCCUGGGCAUGGCUACUCUGCAGGACUACGUUUCCUACAGAAGCCCAAGCCAUGGCAGCUGGUAUAUACAGUCACUGUGCCAGCACUUAGAGGAGAGCUGUCCUCGAGGAGAAGAUAUUCUCACCAUCCUGACAGCAGUGAAUGAAGAGGUGAGCAGAAAGCUUGACACGCAGAAUGCAGGGAAGCAGAUGCCACAGCCCAGUUUCACACUGAGGAAAAAGCUCAUCUUUCCUGUCAACUGAAAGUGAGGGAACUGCAGAGCAGCAACUGGGAAACUGCCGGUACAAGCUCAGGCUUUGGUAAAACAUUACUGACAACUUGCACUGUCCGCUUUUAGCGCAAGAGCAGCUGUUUUAUUGCUCCUCAGCUACAUUUUCAGGCAAUUAUAUUUUAUAUGACAUUUUAUACUUGAGAAUAUCUCUGAACUGGUUUCUGAUUUGUAGUUUGCUGGCUAAAAUACACUCAUUGUUCUAUCAGCUGUACUACAUUGUUGUUUCUUUAGUAAGAUAUUGUUCCAAAAGUGAUGGAACACAUUGCCAAAUUUGAGAGACAACUGUUACAGAGUCUUGUGUAU